AUGAUGAAGCCUUUCAAUCUACCUACUGGUCUCUUUGCUGCACUGGCAGCAAUGGCAGUCCCUCUAGUAUCGAUCGAUGCCUUUUUUGUCCCAACACCAACAUCAUUAUGUUCACGACAGACUGCAAUUCCUCCCCGAGUACAAAGACCAUCUUCACUUCCUCCUUCCAACGAUCAUGGUGCUAUGAAUGACUACAUACCAUCUUCCUCUGUCGCUGUCAUGAUGAGCCAAGAAAACAAACGCAUCUUGAUUGAAGAAUUGGGAUAUCGGCGGAAGGAAGCAGAACGACUCCGCUUGGACUUGGUGCCCGACAUUGUCCAGCAGCGCAUUAGAUGCCCAACGGAAGGUAUCCCGGAAGAGUGGUGCUCUACAGGAACACAGCAUCUCCAUGCGGGAUACAAUCAAGCUCCAUCAUACUAUGGGCAACCUGCAAAGUAUGCUCCAUGGAGUCCACAACCACCCGGUCCUCCACCCAAUCUUGGAUAUGGACCUCCGACGAAUCAUCGUGGAUACGGGCCUCCACCGGACCAUCGUGGAUAUGGAUACCAAGGACCUCCUCCAAAUCAGCAAGGAGGAUAUGGACCUCCGCCUGAACAGAAUCGUGGAUAG